GUGAGAGUAAAAUAUUAUUAAACGGCAAAUAAUUGAUCCGAAGUUACUUGAUUUUGUUGAAAUAGUUUUUAUUUAAAUUUAUCAUCUACAUAAUGUUGUAAACUUUCUAAAAGUGUGAAACUAUCUUCAUAUCAAUCUAACUUUCACCAGGCAUUGUAGUUUUCGUCGAAAACAUGAGUAAAAGUUCUCAAGGUUUUAAUCAAAGUCAAUCCGACGAAUCAAUUAAUGAACUACAUUUGCAUUCGAGCAGCAACAAUACAGAUUGCAAUCUAUUGUUGAACGACAAGAAAAAUCCAGAAACAAGUAUUUUUGACGAUUCUUCUCUUGCAACGAACAUCAGACGAUGGUCGCUCAACAUUUCAAGAAAUGGUAAAUGUAAGAAGCCAUUCUAUCACUUCAUGCCUUCAAAACUUCACAAAACUGUCUCCCAGGAUGGAACACUGCUAAGUGAAUCGGAUCAAAUCGAGCAAAUAACACAAGAAAUCGAGCAAUAUGAUCAUCUUAUGGAACACAAUUACAAGUCCGAACAGGCUCGUAUUGAAACCAUCAAAUGCAUGCCACAAUCUCUUGCUGCUAAAAGAAUGAUCCGAGCUAGACUUCUUCGAAGCGUUAACAGAAAAUCACAUCUCAGCUCAAACAGUUCAGCAUUAAAGAACUGCAAGUUUUUUCCUGUAAUUUUCAUGAAGAAAGCUCGAAGCUGGUAUCGACAAGCAUUUAAAAACUGUGACGUCUGGUAUGGCUCGAUGAAGGAAAUCGAAGGUCGCUUCGGCAGUAAAAUAGGAGUUUACUUUAAAAUUCUUCGCUAUCUCGUGAUGCUCAACUUUUUCGUCGCAAUUUUCACUUUUAGCUUUAUAAUCUUCCCACAAAUUCUUUACGAUGGCUUCCAAGCUGAGUCAGUCGUAAAUCAAAGUCUUCCCAGCUUUGGAUUCGCUGACUUGUUAACAGCUGACGGCUACUUACGAACGUCAAUUCUGUUUUACGGCGGUUACACAAGCCGAACUAUUAAUUUGGGAAUUGGUAAUUACAGCCUUCCCUAUGCGUAUUUCCUUACCAUGACCAUUUUGUAUACUGUGAUCUUUAUCGUCAUAUCCAUUAGCCUUUUACGCUCGUAUCGAGCAUCUUUUAUCGAAACUGUCGACAACACACCAAAUCUUUACUGUCAUAAAAUAUUCUGCGCUUGGGACUUUGGAUUGUCCCAUGUGAAAGCAGCUGAAACAAAGCACAGAAAUAUUUACCGCGAACUUAAAGAUUUGCUUUUUUCUGAACAUAAAAAAAUUGAAGAUGAACGAUUAAGUCGAACUAGACGAUGUUUAAACACUGCGAUUCAAGUUGUUGCGCAUAUUUUUGUGAUUGCAAUAAUCAUCUUGAUUGGAUUGGUGCUAUGGAAAAUGUUUAGUAUUUAUGAGAAAGAUUUAAAGAAGGAAAGUCAAUGGAAAUUCUUGUACAUACCGAUGGUUGUUAAUACAGCGAUUCUUUUCUGUUCGAUUGUCUUCACAUGGAUAUCAAAAGCGGAAGAAUAUAAAUUUCCACGCACAACGAUUCAUAUUCGAUUACUUCGAAACUUCUUGCUUGAGAUCACAAUUGUAUCAGCGUUGUUGAUGUAUUGGAUAGCAAGAAACAGCGAAUUGACGUGUUGGGAAACAACAAUAGGACAGGAAGUGUACAGAAUAUUGAUUAUUGAUUUCUUUAUUCAUUCGAUCGGUACUUGCUGUUAUUACUUUGUUCGCUAUUUGAUUCAUAAACUACGACCAGACGAAUAUGAUCUUCCUGAGUUCGAUAUAACUCAUUCAAGCCUUGGUUUGGUUUUUAAUCAAUUCAUCCUUUGGGUUGGACUUCCAUUCAGCCCUUUUCUGUCAAUUUUAUCCGUCAUGAAGUUUGUUUUCAUGUUCUAUAUCAUGAAGUUUACGCUUAUUAAAUGCUGCAAAGCGCCAAUUAAAUUAUGGAAGAGUAAACAGAUUCAAACAUUCUUUCUAGUUGGAAUUUUUACGACGCUUGUUGGUGUUUUUGUCACAAUUGGUCUCGUCAUAACAAAGAUUCCUGUGAGUAAGACUUGCGGGCCUUUUAUCGAAUACGAGAAUAUGUCACAGAUCUUCAUGGAGGGAAUUCUCAAACUUAAAGAAGGAAACAUCUUUUGGACCAUCUUCACGUCAAUCACAAAGCCAGCGAUUGUCGGGGGAAUUUUGUUGACAAUGUGCGUCAUCGCGUACUAUCUUCGUGCAAAAGCUUACGGCCAAAGAGCCAAAGUUAAGUUGCUGAAAGAAAUGCUGUAUUUGGAAGCGAAAGACAAGGAAUUUUUGUUGGGUAAUAUCAGUAGAUUAGCACUGGGUAAGGAUCUGUCAUCGAACUUCCACGAAGACGAAGAUCGAGUUUCUGAUGAGCCUGAGAUUCCCAUCGAUGGAUUUGCUGACAGAGAUUGGAAGUAUGAAAAUAAUCUUGCCCGUAAUCUUCGCUUGGAUUUUGAACAUAUCCCAACAACCAGUGGAUAUACAAGUGCAUUAUGAUGGCUUCCUAAACUCUUCCUAGUAAUCAUAACGUUCGUGAUAUUAUUGUUUUGCAGGAUUCUGUGAUGACGAACAUUUACGCAAUAGGUUGAGUCGUUACUGACGUUUAUGGCGACGGGAGAGGAUGUCGGGCAGUAUUAAAGUGACCUUAAGAUACCAUCCAUAGCAAUUUGCGCUAAGUCGUUAAGUUUUAAAAUUAAAAAGAAAAUGUAGCUAUUUUUGUAAUUCAAUUGCUUCCCCCCAAUUUCUUGUAGACAAGAAGACAAAAAACAAAACUUAAUCAAUAAAAAGUUCUAUUUCUCGACUUUUA